GUAGUCCUCUAGAUCUUGAAGGUAUUAAUAGAUACACGUUAAUUAAACACUUCCGUGUUGACAAGCACGAUCAGGUUUAAACCAAACCUUUAUGAUGUCUGACUCCUAACUUGUGGUCAAGACCUGAAGCACGUGUGAUACUAGUGAUUUUGUUAGGAAGUUGAGUUUUGUUCUUCAAUGUAGUCACUUUGUGAUUACGCAGUGACUGAGGAGGAAAAACUGAAGCAGCGGAUAAAGUUGAAGAUGUUAUGCUACAUAAUCAUCCCCAUACUUCUCACGAUGGCUGUAAAAGUUCGAGCCCAAUGUGACGAACCUGUUGUUGGAGGAAACCGGAUUAUGACCGAAGGAUCACAACAAGGGCCUUUUCCUGAAGGAACCUCUAUAAAGUUUAAAUGUUCCACCGGUUAUAUUCCUGUGAGCCGAGCAGUUUCCAGCUCAGUCACCUGCAAUGGAAACCAGUGGAGUGAACUCGAACUUCAGUGCAAAAAAAAGAGCUGUGGAAAUCCUGGUGAGAUUCCAUAUGGAAAGUAUGUGUAUCAAGCUGAAGAAGCAGUUUUGUUUGGAGCAGUUAUCACAGCAGUGUGUAAUAAAGGUUACCAGCUUGUUGGAUACGACAUUAGAACAUGCAGAGCAAACGGUUGGGAUGGAAGACCUCCUGACUGUGAAGUGGUGAAGUGUCAACCGCCUCCUGAUGUAAAAGAUGGAACUUUUGAACCAGUCGAAGACCAAUAUGCCUAUGAAGAAGGAGUCUCAUACUCUUGUAAAAGAGGUCUUGAUCUUAUUGGAUCCUCAAUAUUAACAUGCUCAGAUAAGGGACAUUUUCAGCCCAAUCCUCCUCAGUGUCUGCUUGUGACCUGUGACAGACCCGAUAUCCCAAACGCAGUUAGAAUCGAAGGAAAAUCGCCACCUUAUAAAUACAGUGAGUUUGUUCGCUACCAGUGUAAUAAAGGCUUCAAAAUGGAAGGAGCUGAUCGCAUGGUCUGUACAGAGAAAGGGUGGGAUCCACCUCCUCCUCAGUGCACCGUUAUUACUUGCGUAAACCCUCCUGAUUUAACCAACGGACACUUUACCCCCAAGAAGGAGUUAUAUGAAUACGAACAGAAAGUCACAUACUCUUGUGAUGAAGGUUUUGAGCUUAAAGGAACUUCAUCAAUAUUGUGUACUCUUCAGGGAACAUUUGAGCCUCUUCUUUCUCAGUGUCUAGUGAUCACAUGUGAUCCACCUUUUAUCGAUCAUGGGGUUGUCAAUGUAAGCUUACCAUCUUACAAAUACAAUGACCAAGUCCAUAUCAGCUGUAACGAAGGCUUCAAAAUAGAUGGGUCUAGUAUCCUGACCUGUAAGGACCAUGUAUGGUCUCCAUCUCUCCCUCGCUGUAUCGAGUUGACCUGCAGCGCACCUGAGAUUCUCAAUGCAUUCAUAUUUAAAGGAAAGGCAUCAUUUUAUAAAUAUAAAUCAUUCAUCCAGGUUCAGUGUAAUAAAGGCUACAAAAUGGAGGGGUCUAGCUAUCUGACCUGUGAGGAAAAUGGAUGGAAUUCACCACUUCCGAAGUGCACCAUUGUUACCUGUUCAGAACCACCUUCUAUAAACCAAGGACAAGUUAUCCAACCGAAGCAGUCGUACGAGUAUGGACAGAAAGUCACAUACUUAUGUAAUGUUGGGUUUCGUCUUGAUGGUGACCAAACAAGGUCAUGUACGGAAUAUGGGAAAUUUCAAGAUCCUCCUCGGUGUCUGGUGAUCACAUGUGAUCCACCUUUUAUCGAUCAUGGGGUUGUCAAUGUAAGCUUACCAUCUUACAAAUACAAUGACCAAGUCCAUAUCAGCUGUAACGAAGGCUUCAAAAUAGAUGGGUCUAGUAUCCUGACCUGUAAGGACCAUGUAUGGUCUCCAUCUCUCCCUCGCUGUAUCGAGUUGACCUGCAGCGCACCUGAGAUUCUCAAUGCAUUCAUAUUUAAAGGAAAGGCAUCAUUUUAUAAAUAUAAAUCAUUCAUCCAGGUUCAGUGUAAUAAAGGCUACAAAAUGGAGGGGUCUAGCUAUCUGACCUGUGAGGAAAAUGGAUGGGAUUCACCACUUCCGAAGUGCACCAUUGUUACCUGUUCAGAACCACCUUCUAUAAACCAAGGACAAGUUAUCCAACCGAAGCAGUCGUACGAGUAUGGACAGAAAGUCACAUACUUAUGUAAUAUUGGGUUUCAUCUUGAUGGUGACCAAACAAGGUCAUGUACGGAAUAUGGGAAAUUUCAAGAUCCUCCUCGGUGUCUGGACAUAACCUGUGGUGCACCCCAUAUUACUAAUGGAUUUGUAACCGGGCACAUAUUAAUUACUUACCCGUAUAAGUCAAAAGUCCGGGUCAAGUGUAACCGCUUUUACAAGAUGGAAGGGUCUGAUUUCCUGACCUGUGAGGAAAACGGAUGGAAUCCACCUUCUCCAAAGUGCCAUUUCAAUCAUGUGGUUUGGAUUAUUCCAAUUAUAUUAAUAGCACUGGUUCCUUGCGUUGUCUUCUGCUACACGAAAUGCAGUAAGCUUAAAGGAUAUAAAGACUGCCCCAAAGCUGAAAACUGUACUCUGGUCACUGUGCACGCUAGAGUUCCUCCAGCAGAAGAAACCUUGCAAAAAAACACCUACUGACACAUUCCAGACUCUCACUGGCUAUCGUAAACAUUUGGAGACUUUUAUUUUGCAGAGAUGAGAUUUAUUGCUUUAGGUUAUUGAAUAGCCUUAGAAUGUAUCUACAAGGGAAACGAAGCUCUCUGCUUUCCAAAGCAAAAUGUCUGCUUUAUUUGUACUAUCACAGCUCAAUUAGGAAUGAAUGUUUUUUUGUUAUGGUGUGCUUAAUAUUGUGUAACAUGAAGAAUCAGUUUUCGGUGCAGGUAGCAACACAAAAGUUCACAGACUGCACUGAAUGACAAAUAUCAACAAUUAGCUGUUACUUUGCACUAGAAUGUUCUAUAAGGAACACAUUACAGUAUUUUGGAGAAAAAAUAUUUCUUACUUUAAUUAUUAAGAGCAGCAGAAUUUAUGUUCAUACUGUAAUAUGUUAUACGGCCCUGCUGAUAGAUAUUAGCAGAUGUUUUUAAUUUGAAAUAAGUGAAUUACUCCCUAUAAUAUGAGAGGAAAAUAUUACAGCAUUUCAUUUGUAAGGAAUGAAACACACUAGUGUUCUGUAAUAGGAAAAGGAUUAAUUAUAAUAUGUUAUUUACCCCAAAGAUUUUCAUGUUUUAAUCCUUUUCAACAAUGGAAUUUGACUAAGUUUCAUUUAUUUAUUUAUUUUUGUAUGUAUUAAAAAAUGUUUCAAGAAGAUUAUUAAAAAAAAUUGUGAACA